CCGUCCGGCGGGGCUCGCCUCUCGCCUAGCUCGGCCGCGGAGGCUCGUGCAACGUGCCGAGCACCGAGAGCGGACUCCUCACCUAACUCGCCAGGGAGCCGGGGCGCUCCGGGCCGCGGCGCUGCCUUCCCCGCUCCUCCCCCUGUCCGUCCCCGCCCGAGCUCCGGCGGCCUCCGGGAGUCCCUCGGCUCCCCCCACCACCCCCCGCCCCGCGCGGCAGACAAAGGGCCCGGGCAAAUUCGCCGCCCGGCCUCCCAGCGCUCCGGGGAGGCGGCUGCGCCCGCGGGGCCAGAGGCGGCGGCCGCGGGAGCGCGGCACGGGCCGGAGCCGCGAGAUGCGGCUGACUCGCAUCUGCUGCUGCUGCCUGCUCUACCAGCUGGGCUUCCUGUCGAAUGGGCUCCUUUCAGGGCUGCAGUUCGCCCCCGACCGCGAGGAGUGGGAGGUCGUGUUUCCUGCACUCUGGCGCCGGGAGCCGGUGGACGCGGCCAGCGGCAGCGGGGGCAGCGCGGACCCGGGCUGGGUGCGCGGCGCGGCGGCCGGCGGAGGCGCCCGGGCGCAGGCUGCGGGCAGCUCCCGCGAGGUGCGCUCGGUGGCCCCGGCGCCCCUGGAGGAGCCCGCGGGGGCUGAGGCCCGGCCCCGGCCCCCGUCGCCGCAGGGGGGUGAGGAGGACGAGGAGCUCGAGUCGCAGGAGCUGCCGAGGGGAUCCAGCGGCGCGGGCGCCCCGGCCUCGUGGCAGCCGCCCCCGGCCCCGGCCCAGCCAGCCGAGCCCAACGGCGACGAGGUGUUGCUGAGGAUCCCGGCCUUCUCCCGGGACCUGUACCUGCUGCUCCGGAGAGACAGCCGCUUCCUGGCGCCGCGCUUCGCGGUGGAACAGCGGCCGAGCCCGGGCCCCGGCCCCACGGGGGCAGCGGCCGCUCCGCGCCCUCCCGCGCCGCCCGACGCCGCCUGCUUUUACACCGGGGCGGUGCUGCGGCACCCGGGCUCCCUGGCCUCUUUCAGCACCUGUGGAGGUGGCCUGAUGGGGUUCAUACAGCUCAAUGAGGACUUCAUAUUUAUUGAGCCACUCAAUGAUACAGUGGCCAUAACAGGUCACCCUCACCGUGCUUAUAGGCAGAAAAGGUCCACGGAGGAAAAAGUCACAGAGAAGCCAGCCCUUCACAGUCCUUACUGUGGUGUCAUUUCAGAUAAAGGAAGACCUAGGUCUAAAAAAAUAUCAGAAAGUGGAAGAGGGAAACGAUAUUCAUACAAAUUACCUCAAGAAUACAACAUAGAGACUGUAGUGGUUGCAGACCCAGCAAUGGUUUCCUAUCAUGGAGCAGAUGCAGCCAGGAGAUUCAUUCUAACCAUCUUAAAUAUGGUUUUUAACCUUUUCCAGCACAAGAGCCUUGGUGUGCAGGUCAAUUUUCGUGUGAUAAGGCUUAUUCUGCUCCAUGAAACUCCAGCAGAUCUCUAUAUUGGACACCAUGGAGAGAAAAUGCUAGAAAGCUUUUGUAAGUGGCAACAUGAAGAAUUUGGCAAGAAGAAUGAUAUACGGUUGGAGAUGUCAACAAGCUGGGGAGAAGACAUGGCUUCAGUGGAUGCCGCUGUUCUUAUAACAAGGAAAGAUUUCUGUGUCCACAAAGAUGAACCAUGUGAUACUGUUGGCAUAGCUUACUUGAAUGGAAUGUGUAGUGAAAAGAGAAAAUGUAUUAUUGCUGAAGACAAUGGCCUGAAUCUUGCAUUUACAAUUGCUCAUGAGAUGGGUCACAACAUGGGCAUUAACCAUGACAAUGACCACCCAUCAUGUGCUGAUGGUCUUCAUAUCAUGUCUGGUGAAUGGAUUAAAGGACAAAAUCUUGGUGAUGUCUCAUGGUCCCGGUGUAGCAAAGAAGAUUUGGAGAGAUUUCUGAGGUCAAAGGCCAGUAACUGCCUGCUACAGACAAAUCCCCAGAGUGUCAAUUCUGUGAUGGUUCCCUCCAAACUGCCAGGAAUGACAUACACAGCAGACGAGCAAUGUCAGAUUCUCUUUGGGCCAUUGGCUUCCUUUUGUCAAGAAAUGCAGCAUGUUAUUUGCACGGGUUUGUGGUGCAAGGUGGAAGGUGAGAAAGAAUGCAAAACCAAACUAGAUCCACCAAUGGAUGGAACUGAUUGUGACCCUGGUAAGUGGUGUAAGGCUGGAGAAUGUACCAGCAGGACCUCAGCAUCUGAACACCUGGCCGGAGAGUGGAGCAUGUGGAGUCCCUGCAGCCGAACCUGCAGUUCUGGGAUCAGCAGUCGAGAGCGCGAAUGUCCUGGGCUAGGUUCUGAAGCAAGGGAUUGUAAUGGUCCCAGAAAACAAUACAGAGUAUGUGAGAAUCCACCUUGUCCUGCAGGUCUGCCUGGAUUCAGAGAGUGGCAAUGUCAGGCCUAUAGUGUUAGAACUUCGUACUCAAAGCAUGUACUUCAGUGGCAAGCUGUCCUGGAUGAAGAAAAACCAUGUGCCUUGUUUUGCUCUCCUGUGGGAAAAGAACAGCCUAUACUCCUGUCAGAAAAAGUGAUGGAUGGCACUUCUUGUGGAUAUCAGGGACUGGAUAUCUGUGCAAAUGGCAGAUGCCAGAGAGUUGGCUGUGAUGGUUUAUUAGGAUCUCUUGCAAGGGAAGAUCAUUGUGGUGUAUGCAAUGGCAAUGGAAAAUCAUGCAAAAUUAUUAAAGGGGAUUUUAAUCAUACCAGAGGAGCAGGUUAUGUGGAAGUGCUGGUGAUACCUGCUGGAGCAAGAAGAAUCAAAGUUGUGGAAGAAAAGCCGGGACACAGCUAUUUAGCUCUUCGGGAUGCUGGGAAACAGUCUAUUAAUAGUGACUGGAAGAUUGAACAUUCUGGAGCAUUUAAUUUAGCUGGAACCACCGUCCAUUACAUCAGACGUGGCCUCUGGGAGAAGAUCUCCGCCAGAGGUCCUACUACAGCACCUUUACACCUCCUGGUGCUCCUGUUUCAAGACCAGAACUACGGUCUUCAUUAUGAAUACACUAUCCCCUCAGACCCUCUGCCAGAGAACCAGAGCUCUAAAGCGCCUGAGCCCCUCUUCAUGUGGACACACACAGGCUGGGAAGAUUGCGAUGCCACAUGCGGAGGAGGAGAAAGGAAGACAAUGGUGUCCUGUACAAAAAUCAUGAGCAAAAACGUCAGCACUGUGGACAAUAAGAAGUGCAAAUACUUAACUAAGCCUGAGCCGCAGAUUCGAAAGUGCAAUGAGCAGCCAUGUCAAACAAGGUGGAUGAUGACGGAAUGGACCCCCUGUUCACGAACUUGUGGAAAAGGGAUGCAGAGCAGACAGGUGGCCUGCACCCAACAACUGAGCAAUGGAACUCUGAUCAGAGCCCGCGAGAGGGACUGCGCUGGGCCUAAACCUGCCUCUGCCCAGCGUUGUGAGGGCCAGGACUGCAUGACUGUGUGGGAGGCAGGAGUGUGGUCUGAGUGUUCUGUCAAGUGUGGCAAAGGUGUCCGCCAUCGGACUGUGAGGUGCACCAAUCCCAGAAAGAAAUGUGUGGUCUCUACCAGACCCAGGGAGGCUGAGGACUGUGAGGAUUAUUCAAAAUGCUACGUGUGGCGAAUGGGUGAUUGGUCUAAGUGCUCAGUUACCUGUGGCAAAGGAAUGCAGUCCCGUGUCAUUCAGUGCAUGCAUAAGAUCACAGGAAGACAUGGAAAUGAGUGUUUUUCUUCAGAAAAGCCUGCAGCAUACAGGCCAUGCCACCUUCAGCCCUGCAAUGAGAAAAUUAACGUGAAUACAAUAACAUCACCCAGACUGGCUGCUCUGACCUUCAAGUGCCUGGGAGAUCAGUGGCCAGUGUACUGCCGAGUGAUCCGCGAGAAGAAUCUGUGUCAGGACAUGCGGUGGUAUCAGCGCUGCUGUGAGACAUGCAGGGACUUCUAUGCUCAAAAGCUGCAGCAGAAGAGUUGACCUCUAGCAGGCUGGCUGGCUCACAGCUCUUUGCAAUUAUGUUAUUUAUAAACACACACACACUAGCAUGUUUUGCAGACCAAAUAUUAUCAGAUUACAUAUAAUUUAAUCAAAUUAAUUUAUUUUUGUGUGUUUGCCUGCCAAACAUCCCAUGUGGUGUUUGCCUUGGUUAUACAAACAUUUUGACUUAUACUAUAAGGCUUCACAAAAUACUUUUAUAUGAAUGAAUAACUUGGAUCCAGUAAUCUUAAAAGGAAAACUAAAUGAUAAUUAGACUUUAAAACAAUGUUUCUGUUUAAGUUAGGGCUGUAUCUAAGGUGCUAUUCUCUUCCCAGCAGUCCCAAUGAGUUACCCAGAACAUAUACUGAGUUAGCAUAAUAGUUUAGUUAUAUAUGGAAGAAAAUCGUAUUUUUUUUGGUGUCCUGCUGCAGAAUCAGCCCAUUUUCUGUAAUCUGCAGGAGAUGUGUAAAAAUAACAAACCUCAUAGUGUUGAAUAGCUUUUUAGAGAAUGUAUUAUGAAUUUUGUUCAGAUUUAAAGACAUCCAUUGGAAACAUCCUACUGUAACUGUAAUCUUAUAUUAAUAAUGGAAAAGAAAUGUCAACAUGGAGACUUUGGUCAUGUUCAUGAACAUGUACUUGAACACAAGUAUUGUAACAAUGAAACACUGUAAGGAUUUACACUGAAUCACCAUUGCACUGUUGAUAUAGUGUAGAGAAACCAUUAUAGAAAUGGUAACAUCCUACAGAAGUGUGUAUUAUUACAUGUUGCCAUUAGAUUUUUAGCUUUUUUAAAUAUUUUGAAUGAAGAAAGCAAUGAUCCACCCAUUUCUUUAUAUCUUUUUAGCAGAUUUAUGAAAGAGUAUAGUACAUAGUGUCACAAAUCAUAAUAAUAAAAUUUACUAAAUCUUUUUCAGUCCUUUCCCUAGGAACAAGGAAAAACAAAAAAUAUAUAAUAUUGUGGUAGUUUCAUUGUGUGUUUUUUUUCUUUCUAAAAAUUAAAAAAAAGUUUUACAGUUCUGUGAAACGUUCAAAAGCCAGCUUAAAAUUUUUCUUGUGAGAAAAUACUGUACAUGAUUCACAUGAUUUCUUAUUAGAUUUUUUUCAAUAAAAAUAUGUGAAACUUCCUAUGGAGAGAUAGUUCUUCAUGGAUCUCUCACACUCCCGCAUCUGGAAGGCAAAGGUACAGUCUGCUUUUGUUCUGGAGUGUCUUCUAAAGCAUGUUUGUAUAAGAAACCACCUUGGAAGAGGGAGGUAUUGUCUCUCUUUAAAGCAAAGAACAAAUAUUCAAACUUCUCCUUUAAAAGUUUCAGGUUCCUUAAAACUGGGGUUCCUUCCUUAUAACACAGCCCACUGCAUGUGCAGGUGUCACUCGGCUCUCUUUAUGUCACUCUGUGGGAACUGGGGCUUAGGGAACUGGUGAAAGAAAAAAAUGCAGAUUCUCUGGCCACUGCUAUUGCUGUGAGUAAUAAAAGUCUUUUGUCUCUAA